UUCACCGUUAGAAAGCCAAGAUAAAAGUUGUAAAGAUUGUCAAUCAACCCCAUGGAUUAUUCCUGUGUUGUAUGUAUGUCAGGAUGUCUGUUGAAAGCCAAGAGAACCGAACAGUGGAGGUACUGGGGMUACCUGAGGAGGUGGACGAUGAGCUGCUGUAUUUGUACUUUGAGAACAAGCGUCGUUCUGGAGGAGGUAGUCUGGUGUCUGUGGAGCUGGAAGGAAGCCGGGCCAUAUUACUGUUUGAAGAGGCAGAGGUUGCAGCAAGGGUCCUGUCUAAAGGACCCCAUGUCCUGCACAACGCUGAGUUGACCGUGAGGAAGCCUGCGUGUAAGGAUCCAUGGAGACUGUUGCUGCGGGGGGUUAACCCAACCACCAGUCAGGAGCUGGUGGAGCUGUAUGUAGAGAACAUGAUGGGAAUGGACAUAGACGAGUACUCUCUGUACCCCUCACCUGGCAUGGACCUGGUCCUAGUACACUUCCGCCAGGCCUUCAAUAAAGGUUAGGGGUUUUCCUAUCAKGUUCAAAGAUGGAAUCCACAGUAGGGGGAAACGGCAUCACAAGCCGCACCACCACUCUUGUUUUUGUUGGCGUGCUGAGGAAUAUCGUGCAGCGUUGUAAAAACAUUGUAGUAAACAUUGUGCUCUUCUAUCGUGUGUGCAAUGUCAGAAGGGGGAAAAACAGUUUGUUUGCAGUAACUUCUUUGAUGUUGUAGUAUCACAAACAGACAUGCAGAGUUCAAUUUACACCAUGACAUUUAGGGGAUGUCUGUAUUGAGUGCAUGCACUUGCACAAAAUAUUUUUUGGGGCCUAAUAAUAAAGACAUACUUUAAAUGGUAAAAAUGUCCUACCUUUUAAUGGCAUGAARACAGCAAGUCAUAUUUUUAUCUGAUUGUCAAACGAAUCACUUCAAAAAGUAGGCAUUUUCGUCCACUUCAAAAUAAUUCCAGCAUUCCAACUGGAUGUAUGCUCGUGGAAUUUGAUGACUGGAAAUAGACAUCUCUUACAAAACCCCAGAAAGUGUUCCUAAUGACAUUUAGCGAUUUCCAUCGUUUAGGCUGACAUUAAUUUAUUCGUCUUGCUGACAAAAAUACUUUUUUUGUAGCCAGAAAAGUUGGGACACUUGAAUGG